AUGGCGUUUACGCGCCUCGUGGCGUCGCGAGGCCUCUUUCGAGGGAUAAGUCCGGUGCUCGCAGCGACGCUGCCCGCGACUGUGCUCGGGUGCGCUGUCAACAAUGCCGGUGACUUUGACAACAUCAACAUCGAGAACGAAGACGGCACCGUCGACACACAGAUCAUGGCACGCAUUACGGGUCUCGCAGCCAUCACUUUGCUCGGCAAUGAGAUCGUGAUGACACCCAUGGAGGUGGUCAAACAGCGCAUGCAACUCGGCCGCUAUGCCAGCGCCACCGACUGCAUGCGUUCGAUUCUGCGAGACGAGGGGCUCCAUGGCUUCUACCGCGGCCUCCCCACGUCAGUCGCCAUGAUGGCUCCGUUGGUGUACGUGGACGUGUCGUGA